GACUAAAGAUCUGCUGGAGGCGUCCUAAGGGCCUGUUUGUCCUCUGUUUGCCCAUAAUGUCCUUAGUCUUACUGAGUAGGAAGGAACAUGUCCUAAAAAUACAGUGACAGCCCCAUCAACAGAUAAACAAACAAAAUCCUAGUAAAAGGAGAGGAGGCCAGUCUCUGUCUUCUGUAUCACUCGCUCUCUCUUCCUGGCCUCGAGUGUGAGGUCAUGUCCCAGUCUGGAAAAGUCCUUCAUCUGUACGUGGAGGUAAGGUCAGCCCCGGAGCAGGAUGGGAAUGGGGGCUUGGGGGGAGGAGUGGAGGGUCCUGGGACUGGGAGUAACUCAGCCUCAGCACAGGAUGGGCCAGCUGGGCUUUUGUCCAAGCUAACCUGCCAGACAAAAUGUCAGACUCCUACCAAAGUACAAACGCACCGCCUAGCCCAUAACUUCACUCACACUCAGUCUCCCUCCAGACACACAGUGAGCUUCCAGCUCCACCAAGGCAAUGGCAACCAGUCACCUAGCAUCUCCAAGCGGCAGAGUUUACCAGCAGCACUGACCCACUCCCCAGCCUUUUCCAGAAAUGGGAGGACCACCACCCCCCACAAACCCUCCUCCAAAGGGCAGGGGGUGGGGGGUGAUGCCAAACGCUCGGUGGUCACCUUCAGCUACAUUGAGAAGGCUAACGUCAAAAGAGUGGAGAGCCCACAGAACUCUGCCUGUCAGAGGAGGUCUAGGGAGGAGAGGUCAUCCCCACCUUCCUACCCCCGGAAGAGACUCAGCGACCCCAUCUGGUUGGGUAGUCCUGGCUCCUCCUGCAGCUCCAGUCCCAAACUAGCGUUUCGUCCCCCAGGGUGUAUCCAGCAACAACAGCAACCGUCAGUCUCUCCCAGCCACUGCCACCCCGUCUUGGAUCCCGUCGGCAGGGCAGCCACCCAGCUUGCCCUGGAAGAGUUUGGGUUUGGUUCCCCCCUGCACAGGAGUAAGAUUCUCCAUGGGCUCGAGCAGAGUCCCAGGGGCUCCCGCCACAACCAGCAGGCCAGUUGCCUGUCAUGGGCAGGCGGCUCUCCUGUCCUACGCCACAGCGCGUGCAAUAAUCACGCCAUGGACACAGAUAGAAACCGGGCCAUUUGCGGGCCAUUACCAAGGAGCCCAGCCUCCGACCAGCUUUCGUCUCAUGCUAGCCAGGCCGCUCUGGGUAUGUCUCCUAACUCGAGAUCCAGGUUGUGUAUGGGGCCCAAGGCCCAGAGCCCACACCAAUGGGAAGGUCAAGACAAAGCUAUCACAGGGAGUCCAGCCACCCAGAGACAAGUACACAAGCCCUGUAACAGCAGUUCCUCCCCUCAAGGGACCAUUCUCCAACUUAGCAAUAAACUAGGGGUGGGAACUGUACUGAACCAGCUAAGUGGUAGCAAACCCUCCUCACCAUCCAACAGCCCUGAAGUGGCCCGGAGGCUAGCUGAGGAGGCUACUAAAGUGUCCUCUAUUUUAGCAGAGGUAAGGAGGAACUCAUUGACAUUGCACAGCACUUUAGACGAAGUAGAGAGCCCCAACUGUGGAUGUAUGUCCAGAGAAGCCAACAGUUCUGUCCCAAAAGCACAACUGCAACAUUUGCAGCAUCAGAAAGUUAAGAUGAACAUCCCUUUACACGGCCUACACACACCAGCAUCCAACGACACUGACUCUCAACAGGCUGGAAACUCUUUACCAUCGUCACGCACACAGGACACAAACACUCCAACACUAACCAAUCAUAGGACACAGCACGGAGGAGGGUGGGCUCUGGGUCAGAGCUCCAUCCUAUCAGACACAGUAGUGGGUGGAGGAGUGUCCCCAGCCCUGCCUUCACGCUUCCUCCGUCCAUUUCUUCCCCCAGCCGAGACCAGCUCCCCUUUGAGGGACCCCAGGCUGCUGAGAGCCCAGCUCAGAGUCACCGACAGCCCCACGCUGCACCGCUGUCAGCCCCCUCAAUACACUGGAGAUUUCUGGUCCUUCGAGCCGGACAGGACAGCCGACUUGUCCUGCUUCGACAGGGGGGACUGUGCCGAGCUGGCCCGUAGGCUCUACAUACGCCAGAGUGUGGAAGAAGCCCCUGUCAGCUGGACUUCCAGGCAGCCCUGGAGCCACCUGGUAGGGGAGGAGAGCAGCAGCUCCAGUUCCAGCCCCAGACAUGGACCUGGACCCGGUCAGCAGCCCUUGAGCACGGCCCAGCAGAAGAGGGCUGAGCAGAGGAGGAGGGAGGUUCUGCUGCUGGGCCCUGUGGUGCUGGACUCCCCAGAGGAGGACGAGGGCCUGGAUGGGGAUGGGGAAGGGGAGGAGGUUUCGGGACAAGGGCAGCAGCCAAGCCUGCUGAGGGUGGAGGAGCCUCAAGGGGGGGAGCGAAUUGGGUUAGCGGGGUCCUCGUCGCGCAGCUCCAGCGGGGUGACGGGCAGCCUAGGUGAAAGGGAAUGUGUGUCCCCAGAGUCCAGUCAGUCCAGCCACCAGAGCAACGAGACAGGGGCUGCCACUUCAGGGAUACAGACGGACAGUGGCACUGCAGUCCCAGGCCCCUCCCUCCACUCCCAGAGGAUAGCUCGUGCCAAGUGGGAGUUCCUAUUUGGGACACCCGCUGAGGAGGCUGCCAGCAGGGGGGAGAAAAGUACCAUCGAACCCUCCACAGCUCCUCCCAGUGGCCAGUCCAGUGAAUCCCCCACUUCCCCCACCUCCCUCCCCCUCAUCUCAGCCAAUCACAAGGUGCAGCACGUGGAGGUAGAGCUGGUGACUCCUCCCCCAGCGGCGGUGGGGGAGUCGCCAAAGACGUGCAUCAUCCGGGGGACCCUCAAGUACUCGGAGACGGACCUGGAUGCCGUGCCCCUGCGCUGCUACCGCGAGACCGACAUCGAUGAGGUGCUAUUGGCUGAGCAGGAGGACACCGACUCAGCGUUUGGGAGUAACCGCAGCAACGAGUGGGGAGGAGGAGGAGGUGGAAGGAGAGGAGGAAGAGGAGGAGGAGGAUGA